AAAGUUUUAUCUUUUAUUUCUAUCACAAAAAUUAUAACACUAAAAAUUAAACUAGAAUAUGGUAAAUGGCUUUAACUAUUUUUCAUUAAAUCACAGCGAUAAUAUGCCACUAACUUAAAAAAUAUAGUACAGUGGGUAUUUUACCGUUCCAUGUGGGUUUAGAACACACUAAAAACCAUUCGUGAAAAAAAUUAUUCAGUAAUAAAUUUUUCUAUAUUUUCUUUAUAAAUUUAAAAGUGAUUGUUUAAUAAAGAUACAACUUGGCAAGACGUAGGGUUUGCUAAACUACAGUAGGUACACGAGAAGAAUAUCGAACAAAUAAAUGAGUAUGUUACAUACUUCAAUUCAAUUUUUUAUAUAUUUUAAUUAUAGUAAACUUAGAGUGAUGUUUUCGAAAACAAAAACAACAAAACAUCACGAUAGAUAACAUCAAUGUAGAAAAGGUAGAACAAUAUAUAUAUAUUAUAUAUAUAUAAUAUAUAUAUAUAUAUUAAUAUAUAUAUAAUUAUAUAUAUAUAUAAUAUAUAUAUAUAUAUAUAUUGGAAUGGAAUGGAAUUAAAAAGAAAAGGAAAAUCAAACCCUAGAAAUUAAAAGAAGGACACAAUUGUCGUGGGCUGCUUUUGGUAAGUUGAGCUUCAUUUUAAAAGAUAGAAAAAUCCCAAUACACUUAAAACGAAAAACCUAUGACACUUGUAUAGUACCAGUUGCAACUUAUGGAUUGAAAACUAUGGUAAUAACAAGAAAAAUGGCAGAACAAUUAAGAGUAACUCAACGGGCCAUAAACAUAAGCCUCAGAGACAAAAUUCCUAACACCGAAAUACAUCUAAGAACUAAAAUAACCGACAUCAUGGGAAAAAUAGCGACAUUGAGAUGGCAAUGGGUAGCACAUGUAGAAAGACAAGACACCAACAGAUGGUCUCAUAAAGGGACGUUCUGGAGACCUCGAAAAACAAUAAGAAGCGUGGGAAGACCCAAAAAGAGAUGGAUAUACGAUAUAACAGCUGUAGCUGGAAAGCAGUGGAUGAGAAUUGCAAAAGAUAGGAAAGCGUGGAAGGAAUUGGAGGAGGCCUAUGUUCAACAAUGGAUAAAUGAAGGCUGAAGAAGAAGAAGAAAAAGAAGAAGAAACUAUAGUAAAAUAAAUAUAAUCAUCAGUCAAGGUUAAGGUACGUGUCCAAUGACUCAGUAGAUUAAUUUCGAUGAAAGUUUUAAGGAGAGAGUCGAAAACCCAUAUAAAAUUCAUUAACCUAAAAAUUUAUCGAAUCUUGAUUACAAUUUUCAUGUUUCAUUGGUUGUCACCAGAAAGAAAUAGAAAGAAAGCCAGUGGGAAAACGCGAGAACAGUCAAAUUACGAAAAUUAUGUACGAAUAUCUUGUACAUAAAACUUUAAAAUUUCGUUAUUUUUACUAUAUUUAUAGUAAUUUUAUUUAUAUAAGUACUACACGUAUAUAAACUAUUCAAAGAAGUGUGUAGUUUAUAAUAUUUAGUAUUAUGAUAUAAACAAAAUAAACAAAGAAAAAACGGAAAUUGAUAAAUCCAGAAAAUGAUAAUUGGAUGGUCGGUUCAAAAUAAAGGUGGGAAUAAAUUAUUGGAACAGUUCCAUAAUAUAAUAAAAAUAAUUGAAGUAGUACAGUUUUAAUAUUGUUAGGAAUUGAGAGUAAAACAACAAUGACUAUAGCUGAUAAUAAAAUAACAAUGUUGCAAAAACCAUCCAAAUUGUAUAGAAUAAUUCCACAUUGACAUAUUACAAGCAUUAUUAAAUUUAUAUAUUUACUGACCCAAUCUCUACUCAGAAAAUUAAUAGCACUACUGUUCACCGAGCUGCAUUAUGUCUAAUAAUACUUUUUAAAACAUAAUGUGCAUUUUGGUGGUAGGCUGUCAAAUGUCAGAUCAAAUCUGUGUAUAUAAAAUGCUUAUAGACCGAGAUUGCUUUAUGAAAAAAUGGUUGCCAAUUUGAACAUUUAAUAAUUAAUUAUGUUAAUGCUUACUGCACAUUUUAGCGCUUAUUAUUAAAGUAUUGUACUGUGCAUUCCAAUGGAAGCUUGGAAUCCAAGGGAAUGAACUUAUUUGUGAACGAAAAAAUGUAAAAGUAAAGUUUUUAAUAGAAUAGAUUAUUGGAUAAUUUCUAUGAUCAGAAUUUUUCCGACGUGUAUAUCUAAACCCACUGUUUUAAUCGCACAAAAAUAUGGCUAAAAAUUUAACCACAUUGUCUAAA